AUGUAUUUAUCGAGUAUUUUAAUGUUACUCUUGGGAAUGUUUAUGAUACUUAGUACAUUUGCUAUGCCCUUUCCAUAUGUAUAUCAAACGGAUGAUGAACAAGCAAAUAAUCAUAUGAAUUAUUUUAAGAAACAAAUUGAUAUGAAACGAUCAACAAAUUCUAAUCCAUGGUUAAAUAGACGUAAUUCUCCUUUAUGCGAUUAUCGUUUACAAUUUCGACCAGUCCCAUUAACAUCAACUCUUUGUGGUUUUGGAAACAUUUAUAAAGAAGAAUAUGUAAAUCAAGUAAAUCCAUUUAAAUAUGGUUAA